AUGAUAGAAAUAAAUGAAAAGAAUAAUAAUAUAACUGAUUAUGAUGUUUCAAAUUAUUAUAUAAAGAGAAUAGAAAGAAAACAUAUUUAUGACCAAAUCAUGGAUAUGUUUAAAACAUUAAGACCAAUGUUUAAAUAUACACCCGAUAAUAUGCAAACCAUGUCUGUUACCAUUCAUCCUUUAUUUACCCUUUUGUUAUCUUCAUUGUAUAUGGCUGGUGUUGGAGGAAGUGUAAUCUAUGAAAAUGCAUGUGACGAGAUGUUUGGCUCUGAUUUUAAUGAGGGUCCUCAUGCAUUCCUUUGUCACAAACAUUUUAGACAAUUGGGUCCUUAUAAAAUAGAGCACUAUGAAAGAUGCCAAAAAAUGGUAGAUGAGAUUCAUCAUUUUAUAAAUAGAGAUAGAAAUAAAGUUAUUUAUGCAUUUUUAAUCUGUUGCGAACAUGCCUCUUUUAUAUUCGAAGAUUUAGAAACAGCUAUGAUGCAAAUAGGUAUCCAAGAUGUUACCUAUAUCAAAGUACAUAAGAAUGCCGACAACCUAUAUGAUGGUCAUGGUGUUAGAAUGCUUCAAGCUUUAGAAAAAGAACCAAUGCCAAUCGAAGAUUUUAAUAGAGGAAUGAAACUAUUUUCAGAUUUAUUUUCCGAUAUUUUCAAUUAUUAA